AUGCUUCCCCUCGUCGCAAUUGUGUUCGGCACUGCUUCCGUGGCCCAAGCAGCGGCAACAUCCAAACAGACAUUCGAGUAUGUGAUCGUCGGUGCAGGCCCGGCCGGCCUCGUACUUGCGAAUCGACUAUCUGCUGACGCCAGCGUCAGCGUCGCUGUAAUCGAAGCUGGAGCCGACGAACGAUACAACCCUCUUGUGACGGACGUAGAAGGUUUCUUCCUAGGAGUUGGGUCUACGCUUGAUUGGGGCUACCCUAGCGCACCCCAGAAAUAUGCACUCAAUCGGAGUCUCACCUACUCGGGAGGAAAGGGCCUAGGUGGGACAACCUUGAUCAAUGGGAUGACCUAUCUGCGCGCAGAGCAAGAGCAGGUCGACCAGUGGGAAGCAUUCGGCAACGAUGGGUGGAAUUGGGACAAUGUGUUCGAGUACUACCGGUCGCAAGAACGUUUUCAGCCCCCAAAUCCGGAGAACGCGGAGAAUGGGGCUACGUUCGACGAGGGGUUCCAUGACUACGACGGGGCACUUUCAGUGGGCUGGAACAAAUACUUCACAAAACAAGGGAUAUUUGACAUCCUUAGGAAAACGAGUGAGAACCUAGGGGUCCGAUGGAACAAGGAUGCCAAUGGUGGAAGGAUGGGUGGCUUCUCAACAUGGCCAUUCACACAGAAUUCAACGACGAACACACGCGAGGACGCCGCCAAUGCGUUCUACUACCCCAUUGCAAAACAGCGCGCGAACUUAAAAGUGUUCCUCAACACCACCGCGACCCGGAUUAUUUGGACCGAAAGUUCCAGAUCCGGGGAAGCAGUCGCAGAAGCGGUCGAGGUCCUCACUUUGAGCAAUGCCACCGACAGCCUGUAUGCCUCGAAGGAGGUAAUUCUCGCCGCUGGCUCGCUUCGCUCACCCGCCCUUUUGGAACUCUCCGGCGUCGGAAAUCCGACAAUCCUACAAGGGUUAGGCAUUGACCCAGUAAUUGACCUUCCAGCUGUCGGCGCCAACCUACAAGAUCAGCCCAACAGUGCGAUAUCUUACACCUCCACCACAAACUGGACGGGGUACCCCAGCUUCGUAACCUAUCUCACAGCUUCCGAUCUUUUUGGUACAGAACUACCCGACAUAGUGGCCAAGCUCCGAGCGAAUAGCAGCGACUAUGCGCGCAAGAUCAUCGCAGACCUGCCACCUAAUGAGAGCACGGUCGAGAGAGAAGGGAAGUUGAUUGAACUACAACUCGAUCUAGCAUGGUCGUCCAAUAGCACGGUACCCCUCGUAGAAGUCGUAUGGUUCCCCAACGGCAACGCAAUCACAGUCGCAUUCUGGGCGCUCCUGCCCUUCUCUCGUGGCUCCGUCCACAUAACAUCAACGUCUCCAACGCGCAUACCAAGCAUCAACCCGAACUUCCUGCAGCUGCCGAUCGAUACCAUCGUUCAGACGGCGGCCGCCCUGAAGAUCCGCGAAUAUUUCUCUACGGCGCCACUCUCCGAGUACGUCACUGCCGAAGUCGCGCCAGGGACGGAUGCGGUUCCUACAAGUGCGGGCUUGAGAGAUCCUGCGUGGUACAAAUGGAUCGCCGGCGCAUUCGGGUCGAAUUCGCACCCGGUGAGCACGGCGGCUAUGAGGAGUAGAGAGCUGGGCGGUGUGGUCGAUAGUGAAGGAAAGUUGUAUGGUGCGAAGAAUGUGCGGGUUGUCGACGCAAGUGUCUUUCCAACUCAGAUCAGUGGGCAUCUAAGCGCGACUAUUUAUGCUAUUGCUGGAAAGAUUGCAGAUGGGAUAACAAGGGCGAAGGGUCGGGAGCUCUGA